CUCCAGCUCAGCCGUGCGCGUUCACGCCCCACAUUUGGAGAUGUCGGCGCCGUCUCCGCGAGAAAAGUAUUCUGUCUCCUAAAAGAAAUCCAACGUCAAGGAAAACAUGUUUCGACUGAAACCACCGAUUACUCUCCUCGACAGAUGAGCCGCCGUCCGUAAUCGACCUCGGACAAUCAGCCGACCCCGAUUUGGACUUUUUUCCUCUUGAACGAGUUGCUGCCUGCAGCCGCUGUGGGAGCCGGAGUCGCCAUGGAGACAGUGGUGAUCGUGGCCAUUGGGGUGUUGGCCACCAUUUUCCUGGCCUCCUUUGCCGCCCUGGUGGCGGUGUGCAGACACCGCUACUGCCAUCCUCACCACCUGCUGUACCCCUUCAACUCCAACCUCGCUUCCUCUGCUUUCGCUGUUCUGUUUUACAGACCCACGUUGGAUCUGAUUGGGGCCAUGGAGACCCAGAGUGAGCAGUCGGAGCUGGAGCUGAACGACGUGGUCAUCACCAACCCUCACAUCGAGGCCAUCUUGGAGAACGAGGACUGGAUCGAGGACGCCUCUGGUCUGGUCUCUCACUGCAUCUCAAUCCUGAAGAUCUGCCACACUUUGACUGAAAAGCUAGUUGCCAUGACAAUGGGCUCAGGGGCAAAGGUCAAAGCACCGGCCAGCCUGAGUGACAUCAUCAAUGUGGCCAAACGCAUCAGCCCUCGGGUGGACGACGUGGUCCGGUCCAUGUACCCUCCUCUGGAUCCAAUCCUCCUGGAUGCCAGGGCCACCGCUCUCCUUCUCUCGGUCAGCCACCUGGUGCUGGUCACCCGCAACGCCUGUCACAUGUCCGGCAGCAUGGACUGGAUCGACCAGUCGCUCAACGCGGCCGAAGGUCACAUGGUGGUUUUGCGCGAGGCAGCGCUGGCCUCCGAACCGCAUCGAAGCCUCCUGGGAGCUGACGUACACAGAGAACAGGCCAUCUAGACACUUAAGAGGGAGAAAGAUACCGACACAAGGUACAAUAUGUCCACGCGGACCAUGUGCUGCUGUACUCAGUUGGCACUUAGCAGGCACAUGUUCUUCCAGACGGUGUCGAAAGGGCACACUUACCAAACCCCUCAUCCAGUCCACACGAACAAGGACGUCUCUGAACGCUGCGCUGAUGGAUGCGGGGACUUGACUCCGUCCCUUAUUUUUUACUUCGCACGCAAAAAGAGAAAAACCUUGGGAAUUGUUUCUUUUAUCAUAUUCUUACCAAAAAGUGCCUCUGCGUUGAUCUGCAUUCACGACAGCGACAAAGUAGAUAGAUGUCACACAUUCAAAAUACAGGUGAGGUUUUUAUGUUGCAUUUUCUUUUUCUACUCAAAGGGAAAGAGCUUUUGAAAAAAAAAAUUCCCUCUGGUGAGCCAUCACCCAGCGGUGGGCCGAAAUCCAAUCUCGCCAGCACUAGUCACAUGGAGGCUUAGUCAGCUUAUCCAUUCUGAGGAAAAUAACAUCCAGUUAGCCAAUGAACCCAAAGAGGCGCCAACUCAGUGGAAGACCAACCAGACUUAUUUAUAACGUCAGGUCAGCGUGACUUGUGGAUGUGGUCCAGCAUCCAUCAGAUACUCGUACUGUUAGAAACAACCGGUCUGGGAGCUGUAACCACAGCACGGCCGUUGUUUUAGCCACAUCAGCAGCAGAGGAAGAGUUCAUUUUCCAUUUGAGUAAAUUCCCUUUUGUCCGAUUGCUGCAUUGAGGCCGUUAUCGAUGGAGGACCACUUUGGUCCACACUGAGAUACGUCAUCAGCUGAUGGAGUAGCACAGACAUUCAUGGUUCCCAGAGGAUGAAUCCUAUUGACUUUGGUGACCCCUUGCCCUUUCCUCAAGUGCCAUCAACAGGUCCAUCAUUGUGAGGACAAGAUUUACCUUAAAAAUCAGCACAAAUAUACAUUUUCCCCACAGCGUGAAUCACGCUAACUCUGGUGAUCAGUUUUCAUAGUCAUUUUCAACAUGAGCUUCCUGAUGUUAGCAUUUAGCUCAAGUGCAGCCUCGAGAGGCUAGUGAAGGUUGUAGAAGUCUGGUUCCUCCCCGUAUGAUUGGCUGGGAGUCAGUCAGCACCAGACAGUCAGGAAACACAUGUUCUUUAAUUCUUACAGUAUAUAUAUAUUUUGUUUUUUACUAAAACUUCAAAUCAACUGUAGCUUGUUUCUAUCUACAGUCGUCCAAGAAUAAGGACAUUACACAAAUAUCAAAGUGCCGAGACAGUUUUAAGUGCAUCACCAUCAGCAGAAAACACACACGAGAGGGAGACAGUCGGUCGUUCCGUAUUGCCGUGUCAUGCGAGGCCGUGUGGAACAGGGUGUUGAUUGAGCUGCAGCAGAAUCAGCGUGUUGUUUUGGGCCAGAGGGAUGUUAUUGGAGCAUGUCUACCUGCUCGCUCACGCAUAGCUAAUAGUGAACCCCCAGAGUCCUAAUAUAGCAUUAGCCUCCACAAAGCCACACUGAACACAUGGGCUUAAGCUGCAAAGUGCACAGCACACACACCUUUGUACACACAAGGCAGGCAGACAAAUGAACACAGUGACACACGACUAACACACACGUCAUAGACUUCGGAGUCAAACACACUCGGUAGCUUUGAGCAUGCAUCCUGAGCUGUUCUGAUGGAGGAGGCAUCGAUCGAGGAGGAGACCUGUAGAAAGUGGUCAGCCUUUUUUUUUAUGCACUUCUUUGUUUUCUCAACCUUAUCCCACAGUCUGUUACCGAUGUCCUUCCUUCACUCCCACACACCUUUUUAUCUUUCAUUGAUUUGUACAGAAACAAAUUUGAUAGGAAAAUGUGUUGUUUUUUGUGCUCUGAACAACAGCUACAGAGAAAUCCUCGUCUGAUAAUGCAUCCACACACUCAUUCUAGUUUGACAUCAAUAAAAG